UAACUGUUAGCCACAGCAAGCUAACUUUGUGUUGUAGUUGGCAUCUUAUUUUGAUCCUGCUCAACUUGCCAGAUUGCUCUCGGCUCUUCGUGGGAUUUGACCUAAAUGCGAGUUUUAGUAACUAUUAAACCAACGGAGCCAUGAACGGGAGCACGAAUCCGCUGCUGGACAAAGAGGAGCAUGUUUUGAAGCUCGGAGAAAGCUUUGAGAAGAGGCCAAAGUCUUCCUUUCACACCAUCAGAUAUGACUUCAAACCAGCAUCGAUUGACACAAGCUGUGAAGGAGAGCUUCAAGUUGGGAAAGGAGAUGAAGUUACCAUAACACUACCUCAUAUUCCAGGCUCUACCCCUCCCAUGACAGUAUUCAAAGGAAACAAGCGGCCAUACCAGAAGGACUGUGUGCUCAUCAUUAACCACGACACCGGGGACUUUGUACUGGAGAAACUGAGCAGCAGCAUCCAGGUCAAGAAAACUAGGGCAGAGGGCAGCAGUAAGAUCCAGGCCCGGAUUGAGCAGCAGUCACUUCGGUCCAGCCAGCCCACCUCUCAGUUUAGGGCCCCCACUAAACCCGGGGCUGGGAUCAAAACCUCUCCUUCCCCGUCUAAGGACAACCCCUCCCCAGAGCCUCAGCUCGAUGACAUCAAGAGAGAGCUGCGAGCAGAGGUGGAGGUGAUAGAGCAGAUGAGCAGCAGCGGCAGCAGCAGCUCCUCAGACUCGGGCAGCGCCUCAGGGAGCGGCGAUGACAGCAGCAGCAGCGACGGUGAGCUUGAGACCCCCCGACCCCUCAGCCAGACGUCACCCAGCCGCCACCCCAUGGCCAACGGAGGAGCUGACCGGCAGCAGGGAAACAACCAGCUCAUGAACACACUCCGAAAUGACCUUCAGCUCAGCGAGUCAGGCAGUGACAGCGAUGACGACUGAACUCUGCUGGUCAGUCUCUCUGUCCACACUCCUCCUCCUUUCUGCCUGGUUGACUUGUUUCUUUGCUGUGAUAGCUGACCCCAGCUCUGUAGGUUGGUUUGACUACAUAUAUUUUUUUUAAUUUGCUUUAGUAUAUCCUGAAAGCUGGCCAGCCUGGAACUUAAGAGUGUAUUUUUUAUUAGAUGUAUAUCUUGUUUUGUAUAGCGAAACUGGAGACAAAGAGAAAAAUUCUUCAGAGGUUUGGAAGAUUAUAUAUUAGAGUGCACAUACAUAUUUUCUGUACUUAGAGCAGCUAGUUUUAUUUACUUGUAUCAUUAAUUUUUUUUUUUUCCAGUUUUGUCUAUGGUUUGGCAAGCAAGAUUUUCUGUAGCUGUACGAUCAUCGCUGUAAUAUUUGUUUUUUGUUUUCAUUUUGCUAAGAGUACAAAAAAAGCAGAAUUGCACAGAUGAUCUGCAAAUAGCAACAAAGCAAGGAAAACAAAUGAUGCAGGUAUUUUGUCAUCCACUAAGAAGUUUUUGAGGUCAUUGUGGAACAUGAUGCAGAAUCAGUAUCAGUUGCUGAUGCUAACUUUAGUUUGCUGUUUGCUGGUCUUUUUUUUUUUUAAGUAGCAACACUACACUCACUAGAUGUCACCUUUUAGCAGGUUGAGAUUGUGGUUUGCUUAUCUACGCUCAUGGAAAAUUAACAGGGCAACAUGCUGCAGGUUGUUUUAAAGCUCCAGUUAGUUUGUUUUUUAUCCACAAGGGGGCAGAAAAGACUCAACAACGAGCAGAAACUCAGAUUACUGGUAUGAAUAACAUGUAAGUAAGCUAUAGAAUGUAAGUCUAGUGUUGUAGCUCUCUUUUGAUUUCAACUGACACCCCCAAAAAAUGUCAAACUAAUUAGCUGCUCAACUUUCUUCACCAGCUGCGUUUUACUUCCACUGUCUACUCUGUGGUGCCAGACACACAAGCUUUUAUUUUUCUAAGCUUAUUUAUAUGAAACAGUAGUUACAAACACAUGAAUCUGUUAGUGUUUGCUUUUUUUUCCUGAUGGUCAGAAGAAAAUGCAUCCUCCAGUCGGUCUGUGAGGCCAUAACUGACAAGUUAAUCAUAUUUGAAAGAAGACAGGUGCAUCGGGGUCGGCUUAUACAAAAUUUCUGUCAAGAUUAAAAUACUAAAAUAAAAUCAAAAGAACCAAAUUAAACUCGAUUAAAGGGAGAAACUAAUUUGCCCCAGAAGCAUGCAAUGUGUUAAUCAUCACUUUCAAGUUUGUUGUAUCAGCUAUGUAUCAUUUGCAAACAGAGAACAUUUUAUUUUUUUGCUCCAGUAUUUUCAUAUAAAACCUGUACCAUUGUACCAUUCCACGCCUUAAAGCAUUCUAGCUUGGAAAAAAUAAGUGAAUGUGUCAUUUUCUGAAAAUGCCAAAGAGUUGAAAUGCCCCUCGUCAUGUGCAAGAUGUACAGGAAUGUUCGCAGUGUAACGCCUUUUCCAUGCAUUGACUGCAGCUCUGAAAUGUUUCCAGGCAUCGCCUGCAGUGGUUGUAUGUGACAAUGAAAAUCUCUCAGUCGGUCAAACCACAAGUUAAACAGACUUUAACUGGUCAGAUCCUUGAUGCACUGUGGUUGUGUGUGCAUAGAGCUGGUAAUAUUAAUUUUCUAUCAUGCUUCCUGCACCCUCUGAACAGGUGCCACCCAUUGUAUAAACUAAACAGAGUGUUUCCAGUAGUUAGAACACAAACAGAUCUCUUGCUGUGUCCUACAUGUGUGAAAAUCACUUAAUGACGUAAGUUUGUAAUUGUACUUUUCAUUUUUUUUCUGUAGUUUAUGUGUAAUUGUGAUUUGUAUCAGUGAUUUUCUUCCAAUUUCUGCUAGAGACUGUGAAGAUACUGUUUAUGAUUGAGAAUGCAGUAUAACAACCCACAGUGUAGAGAAAACCGAGGAGUUUUAUUACAGAAUGAUCAGAUUUAAAGGUCACAGUAUUUGUUGUUAAAGAAAUUUUGACUAAUGCAAAAAAAAAACGCCAGAUGAUUGUCAUUUUUGUAAAUUAGUAACAGGUUUUGGGUCAUAUUUAAAGGAAAUUUGCAUCAAAAUAAUUAAAUAGUUACUCUAAGAUUAACAUAAGAUGUACUUUAUUAUAAUUAGUGUGAAAUUUGCCUUGGGCACAAGCGUAUGGCAAGACAGAAACAAACAUACUUGAACGUAUCCAUCCAUUUUCUACCCCGCUUGUCCAGUUGAGGUUCACAGUGAGCCCAUCCUAGCUGUCAUAGGACAACAGGCAGGGUACACCGGUGAAGGACUGUUGGAGGGCAAACACAUAGAGACAGACAGCCAUUCAUGCUCACAUUGACACCUACAGUUAGUUUAGAAUCACCAGUUAAUCUGAUGAGCAUGUUUUUGGGCUGUGGGAGGAAGCUGGAGUACCCAGAGAGAACCCGUGCAGGCACAGAAAUGUGGAGUUUUCCUGUUUAAAUGCAAUUCUGUUAGAGCUGUAUUUAAACUACAUGUCCCAAAGCGUCUUUUUAGGUUCAAGUCUAUUUUCUUCUGUGUAAUGGUUGCAGCCACAGUAAUGUGUGUGGCCCAUAUACCAUACUGUGGUUUGGUCUGACAUGCCACUUUUUCAAAACCUUUUUGUGUGACUGCAUUCAUUUGCAGAGGAAGAAACAAGUGUAUUCAAAUAAUCCAGCUGCCCCUUACAUACGCAUCACUCUCUACAGACGGCUUAAAACUGAACUUUCAUUUACUUAAAAACCACAUUUAAUAUAGGGAACAACUAUGAGAAUGACUUAGUGUAUUUCCUGAAUCCCAUGUACACACAUACAGAUGCUGUUAAGCCUCUUCUCAGGACUGUGUGGGAGUGGAUGGACCGUGCUCCAUCGACUCCACCCACCACACUCACAUUUUGCACCUUUUAAUGUUGAACAAACUUUGAAACAGCUGACCUCAUGUAAUUCCCAGCAUAGCACUAUCCCAUAUACAACCUCAGCAGUACAAGGCUUGCAAACUGAAAACAUCAACAAGGAGUAGAAAACAUGUGUAACUGGCAUCCCAGUACUUGCAUCAUUUAUUAGACAUCAGCUCCAAAAAGAUGUGUCAGCUACCAAAAGAAAGGGUAAAUUUGCUCUAGUUUUCUGCUGUCCUACUCUCCUAAAAUGAGAGAUUUUACGAGUGGAUGUGCAGCAUCAACAUUUUGAUGUUUGACAUUGACUCAUAGCUAUGUUCAUGUUGUGGGCAGUGUUCUAAACUGAAGCUACUCUUUUCUUCAUUAACUCACAUAACAAAGCAGACAUGAUUGUGAGUUAUAAGACUGUCAUACUGUGCAGUACUAGAAAGAGUUACAGUAGCAGGUGAAAUGUAAGUAUUUCUUCUUGAACAGGGGGAAAUUUCACUCUCUUCCAUGUGUCAGUGUUUUGUUUCUCCACCCGGGCCAGACUGCAGUCAUUUUUUUCUGCUUUUAAACAUUGCUUGAAGUGAAAGAGGGUGGCGAAUUGUCAAAGUGAGUGAAACCACUGAAACAGGUGGACACACGUCUAAUCCCCUAAAACCUGUACAACCCUGGAGACUCAGUUUUGCUGUUGAAUGAACUCUGAUGUAUUUGGUGCUUUUAGUCCUUCUGUUUUAUUUUAGAGAUGUGUUCAUGUGAAAUAUGUUUGUAUAAAUUUGAAGUGUAUUAAAGCUGUGCAAAUGUA